AAAAAAAAAAAAAAGGCUUGAAGACUCGCCAUCGACAUGACCUAUAGACACCCAUCCAAUACGGUUGCGGCCCGAAUCCCCUGGCUUUGCGUCCUAGAUUUUCCAGGCGUACCUAUGCGGAUGCUCCAAUACUCCAGAAUAAGGCGAACCGUGGAGUACUGGGCCUUUGAGCGGCAUUAUAUAUGGCUUGCUAGGGCCGGUCACGACACCCCUCCUUCUCGAUUCGGAACCCCGCGUCCAGCUUGGUCUUGAUGAUCCGAAGAGGGACCACCGCUGGCGGCUUCGUCUGCCUCAGAUGCCAAUUUUGGCCUCCCCGGGCUAAAUUUCAAUGGUCCUCCGCGGCGGCAUGGUAUGCACAAGUCAGAGGCAACAGCACUGCCGCCGAUGGACCUCCUCGCGACGGCGCCCAUAAGCGAGACGCCAAUGGAGAUAAACCCUCGGUAAACGGCAGCCCUCAACAAGCCCCAGGGGCGCGCCGAUCCGACGGAAGGGUCUACACCACCAGAGGCACCCUCGUCCAGCCAAGGAUUGAGGGGCUGGAUUUCGACGUGUUGGGGAAGCGAGGCGAGACGAUUGUUAUGAUGGAUCUGGGCAAGCGCACGAAGCGAGAAUUUCCACCUCUAAUACUGGAAGUUGCCGAGGCUGAGACUGGCCUCGAAGACGACCAGGACAUCUGGGGUUCCGCCCUUGACCUGGAGGCUCCCACUACCGAGGCUGAGGUCCAGGCCAACAUCGACGAGCUGCGGCCCGCGGAUGUCCGCAUUCUUAUCCAGAGAGACUUUGAUGUCAUUGUCGAUGCCCUCAGGGGAGGUUUCACCGUGGCGCAGCUUGUCAGAUACAUUGGCGCCAACCGCAAGGACAUCGGCGCCAACCGGAAGCACCGCGCCUCUGUUGCCACCCCCGCGGCCGAUCCGGAUGCCCCAUGGAUCCUGCAGCGGCUUGCAUGGGAACCUCAACCCCCGUCGACGCAACAGAAACCCGACACCGGCAAGAAGUUGCUUGUUAGCGAGCUGAUGCGUGUGUGCUGGGGCAUUUCAAUCCAGGAGCAUGUGGAUGGCCCCGGGUAUAUGGACAUCUUCCUCCGCGAUCCCGAAUUCUCGCUGCUGUUGGUCGGCAAUAUGAGCUGGCUUCAGGUCAUUUCGCGCAUAUACCUGCGUAAGGUCGGCGGCCGAAUAGAGCUGAGACGGUCCAGUCGAAUGCUGCGAAUAUAUAGCCCCAAGGCUAUCGCUGAUACCAUCCUCGCUGCCAUAAAUCAAGUCCUCCGCACGACCACCACUCAAACCAUAGACCUGCGCCCCAUAGCACCAGGAAAGAUCCCUCACGAAUCUCUCGAGCGCCUUGGCCAGCUGACCAACUCACACAUCCGCCAACGCGUUGCGUCCGGGAAGUUUGACGUCUCUUGGAUCGAGAGGAAUCGUCCAGAACGAGACCAGACCUUUGAAAAAACCCGAGAUGUUGUCUUCCGACACCUGAUGAGCGCCUAUGGAAGUGACGCCCCUUCGCUGUCCCUGCCGAUGGCCGUCGUCGGGCCCCUACUGGAAGGUCCUGAGAUGGCAAGACUCGUUUCCGAGCGUGGUCUUCAGAACCUGUCACUCCCCUGGAACGCCCCAUCCGGAUCAUGGGCCCGGUUCGUUCGACCUGUCUCGUCAGCCACCACAAAAUCGGCCGAUGUGAAUCUACCACCGAACCUUGUCUCGUGGUUGAUUCGCCCUCAAGGCGAUGAUACUCGGACACCACCCCCACAGCCGUCAGCGACUUCCGUGUCAGACCCGACUGGUCUUCCCACUAUUGGUCAUUGGGCGUUGGCAAAAACCUCUACGCAUGCCAUAUUUGGCCAUAUCCUUCAUUGGACCGAAGAGAACGAUGUCAUCUCACAGCCAAGCACAAUCCUGCCUUCUGACACAUCUUCACCUCGGAUUCUGUCUACGACCACUCCCCCAUUGUUUGGUCGGGCUUUCUCCAAGGCCGCGUUCUGCGGGCCCACCAGCAGCCAGCUAGUUAUUCGGCUGGUCCCCUCACCCAACGGCAGCGCCGCUGUGCACGCGCCGACCCUAGAGCUCCGCGUUCGCAUGAUCAACAGUUUGGUCGCCGAUAUAAAAUCACUCCGUGCUCUUCAUAACACGUACGAUUUCGACCUUCUCCUACCAGAUCACCCGGUGGACGCACGCAUCACUCAGAAGCAGGUCUCGGAACUACGACGCCUGGGAGAUCCACUAGAUGCGCACCCCGUGGUUCUGCCGCUGGUUGACUUCCUGGGCCAGUCGGAAAUAUCUCCCGCCGAGGGUGUCUUCAAGACCCCGUCCCUCGUCAAGGGCAUGACCGUCCCAGUCCGCCUCGGCCACGGCGCCGCCCUUGGAGCCGGCGACGAGUCGGGCCUGCUGACGCUAGACUACCUCUUCGCCGGCCUCGAGGUGCGGCACCAGGCCGUCACCUCUUUCCGCGACCGAAGCCUUGCGUACACAACCAUAGUAUCCGAUGGCUUUACCCCACAGAGAGUCGAGGUCUCCAUGCAGGCAUCGCCGUGGCGGGAGCCGAAUCCGUUCAAGGAGGGCUCUGAAUAUGUGGCGGAGAGGUUCGUGGCCGACGUGCUGAAGGUGGCCCAGGGUAACAUGUUCCAAUGGUUCUUGUGAGCAUCGUAUCCACCGUGUAUAUCUUGCGCUUAGAUGCAUAUUGCACCCGCUGUGCUUGCCUAACUAGAGGUAUCUAUGUAGUCUCUGUUCUGUAAAGUGUACUAUUUUGGGGAAUUCUGGCGAAAUGACCCAUACUUCAUCUAGCUAGAUAAUUGUAAGAUAAUUGUAUACAUACCUGCCUUCUCCCAAGCAACGCCGCCUUCGC